CGCCAAACACCAGGAAUGUCGCCAUCGUCUGGGCAAUGGAAAACCACCGUAGGCCUCGAGAUUCACGCCCGUAUCAGCAGUCCCCGCAAACUCUUCUCCCCGGCCCGCAUUGUCUUUGCAGCCAUCCCAAACACCGCUGUCGAUCUCUUUGAUGCAGCAAUCCCCGGCACACAACCUAGACUCAACCCACAUGCAGUAUUACUCGGCGUCCGUGCUGCGUUGGCGUUCAACUGCACUGUCAACAGUAAGAGUACGUGGGAUCGGAAACACUAUUUCUACCCAGAUCAGCCUGUAGGAUACCAGAUCACACAACAUUAUCGACCAUUUGCAGUUGACGGAAAGUUGCGGCUUAUGAAGAGAGAUGGUAUUGAGGAGGAGGAAGUCGAGGUUGGGAUCAAGCAGGUGCAAUUGGAGCAGGAUACUGGCAAAACGACAUACCUCCCCACGACACCACCGAAAACAUUGGUCGACCUGAACCGCACUGGAUCGCCGCUGAUUGAAAUUGUCACAACACCUUCGAUGAAUUCCGCUGCGGCUGCGGGUGCCGCACUCAAGAAAAUUCAGACUUUGAUCCGUGCAGUUGGAGCGUCUGACGCGGAUAUGGAAGAAGGGGGUAUGAGAUGUGACGUGAAUGUCUCUGUAGCACGUGAAGGCGAAAACGAACGUGUCGUCGGCCCGAAACGUCGCUGCGAGAUCAAGAACAUGGCAAGUGUGAAAGCAGUGGUAGCGGCAGUCGAAGCAGAAGCAAAGCGGCAGAUCAAGCUCCUGGAGUCUGGUAAAGAGGUUGCGAAUGAGACACGAGGUUUCAAUCAACUCAAAGGCGAGACAUUUCGACUGCGUGGGAAAGAGGGAAGUGUGGAUUAUCGAUACAUGCCGGAUCCAGAUUUGCCGCCAUUACUGAUAGGGAAGGAUUUUGUUUCCAAAGCUUUCGCUACGCAACCUGAACUUCCGGAUGCACGGCUGGAUAGACUUCUUGCGCCACCUCACUCCCUUCCACUGAAGGAUGCACGGGCAUUGAUGGCAGAGGCAGGAGCAGUGGAGUACUAUGAAACAGCUCGAGAAAUAGCAGCAAAGGCAAAAUCAAAGAAGAAGGGAAAGACAACCGCUAACUGGAUUGUUCACGAGUUAUUUGGACAGUUGCGCGUUGCAGAAAUUUCCGUUCAGGAGAACCCUGUGACGGUACAGCAGAUUGGUGACCUGGUGAGUGCAGUGGAGAAGGGAGACAUCACCGGUACCGCAGGAAAACAGAUCGUUGAGCACAUGGUCGGUGGUGAUCGUCGUGAUGUGGCAGAGAUUAUCGAAGCAUAUGGAUUGGGGGCAUUGUCGGACGCUGGAGCAUUAGCAGGUAUUGUGGAUAAAGUCUUGGAGAACUAUCCAAAGCAAGUGGAACAAGUACGAAACGGAGAGGUGAAAGUGAUCAAGUUCUUGCUUGGACAGGUUAUGAGUGAAACACGCGGUAAGGCGAAGGCAGACGAGAUUGAGAAGAUGUUGAAUGAGCGAUUUGGACUGUCAAAGAUCGAGUAAGAUAGCAUCUUUGGUCUUG